AUGGUGAAGCAGGCUGUCCCCCUGCGGCCCAUGGAGGUCCACAGGGAAGCAGAUGUCCACCCGCAGCCCGUGGAGGACCCCCAAGCCAGAGAUAAUAAAACCUGUUUUUACAAAUAUAUUAAUAGCAAAAGGGAGGGUAUGAACAACCUCGGUUCUCUAGUGGAUCCAGGAGUGUGGUAUUGGAAUUUAGUGACUACAGAUGAGGAGAAGGCAGAAGUGCUUAACACCUUCUUUGCCUCACUCUUUAGUGGGAAGAUGACUUGUCCUCAGGACAACUGUCUUGGGCUGGUUCAUGGUGUCAGGGAGCAGAAUGGUCCCCCUGUUAUCCAGGAGGAAGCAGUCAGAGAACUCCUGAGCUGCUUGGAUGUUCAUAAAUCCAUGGGACCUGAUGAGAUCCAUCCCGGGGUGAUGAGGGAGCUGGCAGAUGAGCUUGUGAAGCUGCUCUCUGUCAUUUACCAAAAGUCCUGGCUCACUGGUGAGGUUCCAGAUGACUGGAAGCUGGCCAGUGUGACACCCAUUUGCAAGAAGGGUAGGAAGGAGGAUCCUGGAAAUUAUAGGCCCAUCAGUCUGACCUCAGUACCUGGUAAGAUAAUGGAACAGUUUAUAUUGAGUGUCAUCACGUGGCACCUACAGGAUGGUCAGGGUAUCAGACCUGGCCAGCAUGGGUUUAGGAGGAGUGGGUCAUGUUUGACCAACCUGAUCUCCUUUUCUGACCAGGUGACCCACCUAGUGGAUGCAGGAAAGGCUGUGGAUGUUGUCUGUUUGGACUUCAGCAAAGACUUUGACACUUUCUUCCACAGUAAACUCCUGGAAAAGCUGGCAGCCCACGGCUUGGAAAGGAGCAUUCUUUGCUGGGUGAAGAGCUGGCUGGAUGGCCGGGCCCAGAGAGUGGUGGUGAAUGGUGCUGCAUCCAGUUGGCAGCCAGUCACUAGCGGUAUCCCUCAGGGAUCUGUGCUGGGGCCAGUUCUGUUUAAAAUUUUUAUUGAUGGCAUGGAUGAGGGUAUUGAUUCUACCAUUAGUAAAUUUGCAGAUGACACUAAGCUGGGAGUGUGUGUCGAUCUGUUGAAAGGUAGGGCUCUGCAGAGAGACCUGGAAUGGUUGGAUAGAUAGGCAGAGUCCUAUAAGAUGAAGUUUAACAAGUCCAAGUGCCGAGUCCUGCAUUUUGGCCACAAUAACCCCCUGCAAUGUGAUAGGCUGGGGACAGUGUGGCUGGACAGUGCCCUGGCAGAAAGGGACCUGGGGGUACUGGUCGACAGCCGACUGAACAUGAGCCAGCAGUGUGCCCUGGUGGCCAAGAAGGCCAACGGCAUCCUGGCCUGUACAACGAGGAAUAGUGUGGCCAGCAGGAUGAGGGAAGUCAUUCUUCCCCUGUACUUGGCACUGUAUCUGGUGAGGAAGAAGCAAGACAGCAAAGAGCAAGGGUUUUUUUCGGACUCUUUGGAGGCGCUCUCUAGGGAGGCGUGGUCUCGCGUGGGGGAUCGUCUCAUGGUUGCUGUCCUUGACGAUUGUUCCAUGGAUGUGAGAUCGCUGAUGGUGCACUGGCAGAAGCUGAGUGACGUUUGGCGGGGGUCUCCUGGUUAUAGCUCUCGGGGUUCGCUAGGGACCCCUUCUGUCUCGGAUGUGGAGGAGGGGGAGUCUGAUCUUCUGUAUGACGCAGGACCCUCUCCCCCACCCCGAGAGGGAGAGCUGGGGGGCGGCUCCGCCUCGGACGGCGAUGUCUGUUCCCCCGGGGUGGAUUGGGCUCCUGGCCAGCUGGUCCCGAGCCCGGCGGGGGGUGCCCCGCGGGCGUCUGGGGGCUCGGUGGAGCCGGGGGGCCGCCCUCGCCCCGCCCCGCCCCGCACGGCCGGCGGGACGUGGGGGGACCCUCCCUCCCUGUGUGCCUUCCCGGCACUUGGGGACGGCGGGCAGUCACGGGCCCCGCUACUGCCUCUGUUUGACUCUGAUUCCGUGAUGAUUCUGUGUCGGCACUGUGGCGUCUCCACCAAGUACCCCCUGGCUGCGGUAAGGACGGCUUCGCCUCCCCCUGGGUCCGGCUUCUCGGAGGGGGAGGCGGUUUCUCCCGUCCCUGGGCAAGUGCAGUCUGUGGCCGCAGCCCGGGGCGGGCUGUCCGUCGCUCCUCCGGCGGGCCCGGCCCCCGCGGCUGGGCAGCCCGCCCUGCCCCGCCCGGCGGAGGUGGUACCGGCUGCCGCCUCUCGCGGCACGGGUCCGGCGCUCAUCGGGGCUUUGCCCGCCCCCUUUGUGCCGGCCCGCUCUGACGUGACUCCAUGGGCCGUGCCCCUCUCGGCACCCGGCCCCGCCCCCGUGUCGGGGGAGGGGGGCCUCACGCCAGUUUCGCGAUCCGUGCAGGCGCCCGCGCCUGCCCCCCCCGCGGAGCCCUCUGCCGGGGCUGCGGCGCGGCAGGGCGCUGAGGUGUUUCAAUUUAGCGCGUCUACCGACGCUGCCGGCGGGAGGCCAGUGACUCCUCGGGGCCGUGGUCACUCCUCGGCUUUGUAG